CUCACAUGUUGGUGUGGUGUGUUCGUAAUUGCAAAAGUUUAAUUUGAAAAAAAAAUAACUAAAUAAGAGAAAAAUAUACUUAAAUCGGAAAUCGUAUGAUUUAAUUAAAAUAAAAGCGUGUUUUAUAUACCUUUAUACUACAUAUAUACAAUAAAUAAUAAAAAAAAGAAUUUACAAUUACUCUUGCAUUUAACUUUACUUAUACGCAGUAACAAAUUGCCACAACGAUAAUCCCCACGAAGAAGCCCUGGAGCGUAUAAUAAAAUCUUUAAAAUCCCCCACCAUGGUGUGCGAGGGUACCCAUUUCGAUGGCCAAAUUCCGCAUACGUUUGUGAUUUUUGGCGCUUCGGGUGAUUUGGCCAAAAAGAAAAUCUAUCCCACUUUGUGGUGGCUGUACCGUGACAAUCUCCUGCCCAAACCCACCAGAUUCUGUGGCUAUGCCCGUUCCAAGCUAAGCACUGCGGAUGUACGCAAAUCUUGCGAGAAAUUUAUGAAGGUCCAACCACACGAACAACAACGUUACGAAGAAUUCUGGCAGCUUAAUGACUAUGUUUCCGGCAAUUAUGAUGGCCGUUUGGGUUUCGAAAUGCUGCAGCAACAAAUGGAGGCUAUGGAGAAUAGAGGUGUUGCCAAUCGUAUAUUCUAUUUGGCAUUGCCGCCAUCAGUGUUCAAUACCGUAACCGUGCAUGUCAAGGAAAUCUGUUUGUCAAAGAAAGGCUGGAAUCGUGUUAUCAUUGAAAAACCCUUCGGCCGUGAUGAUGUCUCCUCCAAACAGCUAAGCGAUCAUUUAGCUUCACUCUUUCACGAAGAUCAAAUCUAUCGCAUUGAUCACUAUUUGGGCAAGGAGAUGGUACAAAAUCUCAUGACCAUACGUUUUGCCAAUAAGAUUCUGGGCUCCACAUGGAAUCGUGAGAAUAUUGCCUCGGUCUUAAUCACCUUCAAAGAGCCCUUUGGUACAGAGGGACGUGGUGGUUAUUUCGAUGAAUUCGGCAUUAUACGUGAUGUAAUGCAAAAUCAUUUAUUGCAAAUUCUUUCGCUAGUGGCCAUGGAGAAACCAGUUACCUGCCAUCCCGAUGAUAUACGUGAUGAAAAGGUAAAGGUGCUGAAGAGUAUACCGGCUUUAACCUUGGAUGAUAUGGUGUUGGGUCAGUAUGUGGGCAAUCCUGAGGGUAAGGGUGAAGCUUUAAAGGGUUAUUUGGAUGAUGCCACGGUGGAUGCAAAUUCCACCACGCCCACCUAUGCUUUGGGCGUGCUGAAAAUUAACAAUGAACGUUGGGAGGGUGUGCCUUUUAUUUUGCGCUGCGGCAAGGCUUUGAAUGAACGCAAGGCUGAGGUACGCAUCCAGUAUCAGGAUGUUCCCGGGGAUAUUUUCGAGGGCAAUACCAAACGUAAUGAAUUGGUGAUACGUGUACAGCCCGGCGAGGCUUUAUACUUUAAAAUGAUGACCAAAUCUCCCGGCAUUACAUUUGAUAUUGAGGAAACCGAAUUGGAUUUGACAUAUGAACAUCGUUAUAGAGAUUCCUACUUGCCAGAUGCCUAUGAACGUUUAAUUCUGGAUGUUUUCUGUGGUUCCCAAAUGCAUUUUGUGCGUUCCGAUGAGCUGUGUGAAGCCUGGCGUAUUUUCACCCCCAUUUUGCAUGAGAUCGAGAAUACGAAAGUGAAACCUAUACCCUAUAAAUAUGGUUCUAGGGGUCCCAAGGAGGCUGAUCAUAAAUGUCGCGAUAGUAAUUUCAAAUACUAUGGUUCCUAUAAAUGGCAUGGCGGCAAUAAUAAUAGCAAUAAUAGCAGUAAUAAUACUAGUUUGAAUAGCACUCAGUAAACUUAAAAGAUAUUUUCAGCAUUUGUCAAAUUUUUUUUUUGGUACAAAAUUCAUUAUUUCAUUAAAUCAUUAUUAUUUUUUUUUGUUGUUUUUGUAUAAAUAAUUAAACAAAAUUUCAUUAAUUAUAGCUAUAUUAUAUUAUUAUGCAUACUAAGCAAAUUGUUGGACUUUGUUGGAAAUAAUAUUUUUUUUAUAAAAACUUUUUUUUUAUACAAACUUAUAUUUAAUAAAAAUGUAUGAAAAUAUUAAAAAAAACUUGAUAUUUUGGUACACAACAGGAAUUUUAA